AUGGCUACGCGGUUCGAGGUCCUGGACGAGCUGCCCGCUGCCUGUUUGUCGCCGUGCGGGCCACCCAACCCGGCGGAGCUGUACAGCGAGGCGCAUCGCCUGGCGCUGGAGGAGCUGGUGACCGGCGGACCUGAAGCUUUCGCGACCUUCUUGCGCCGCGAGCGCCUGAGCCGUUUCUUGAACCCGGACGAGGUGCACGCCAUCCUGCACGCGGCCCAGCGGCCUGGCGAGGAGGGCGCGGCGGCCGAGGCCGAGGACUCCUUCAGCUCUUCGCACGACUGCUCGUCGGGCACCUACUUCCCCGAGCAGUCGGACCUGGAGCCGCCGCUGCUCGAGCUCGGCUGGCCCUCCUUCUACCAGGGCGCCUACCGCGGUGCCACCCGCGUCGAGGCGCACUUCCAGCCGCGCGACGCCGGCGCCGGCGGCCCCUACGGCUGUAAGGACGCGCUGCGCCAGCAGCUCCGCUCGGCGCGAGAGGUGAUUGCGGUAGUGAUGGACGUGUUCACCGACAUGGACAUCUUCAGAGACCUGCAGGACAUCUGCCGGAAACAGGGCGUCGCCGUGUACAUCCUCCUGGACCAGGCCCUGCUCUCCCAGUUCCUGGAAAUGUGCAUGGACCUGAAAGUCCACCCCGAGCAGGAGAAGCUGAUGACAGUUCGGACUAUUACAGGGAAUAUCUACUACGCAAGGUCAGGAACGAAAAUUGUUGGGAAGGUUCAUGAGAAGUUUACACUGAUUGAUGGCAUCCGAGUGGCAACAGGCUCCUACAGUUUCACGUGGACGGAUGGCAAGUUAAACAGCAGUAACUUGGUCAUCCUGUCUGGCCAAGUGGUUGAACACUUUGACUUGGAGUUCCGGAUUCUGUAUGCGCAGUCCAAGCCCAUCAGCUCCAAACUCCUGUCCAGCUUCCGGAUCAGCGGCAAGUUUGACCAUCUUGUCGACCCGAAGCCACUCUCCAAGGAACUCACGCUGGGCAACCUGCUGAGGCUGCGGCUGGCCAGGCUGUCGAGCAGUCCCAAGAAGCCUGGCCUGGAGCCAGAGGUGCCCGCAGAGGGCAGGGCAGAGGCCAAGCGCCACGACUCCGAGUCCUCAACCAUCAGCGAGGAAGACUAUUUAAACAGCCACAAGGACUCGCUUGAAAGCCGAAGGGGAACUGAUGUCGCCACUCAGACGGAGCCUGGGGAAGAGGGGCCCGUGGUGCAUGUCAGUGACGCGGGGACACAGACCAGCAUCGGCACAGCCUGCACCGGGACCCAAACCACAGUCGCCACCCGGGGAGCCAGCUCUCAGACCAUGAUCUGCUCCAAGUCGACCCCCACCCAGACGGACGCGGAUGAGAAGGAGCUCUGCUCUCAGGGAACUCAGUCUAAAGAGGGGUCGCCGGUGUCCCGAAUGUCAAUAUCCAGGUCCUCCAGCCUGAAGUCUUCCUCGUCUUUGUCUUCCCAGGGCUCAGUGGCAAGCUCUGUCGGCUCCCAGUCUUCCAUGAGAGCCCCUGACUUCCAUACUCCUGGCUAUCCAAAGUACCUGGGCACCCCCCACUUGGAUAUGUACUUACGGGACUCCUUCAGAAACCUGAAUAAAGAGAGGCAGUUUCACUUUGCGGGGAUCAGGUCCCGCCUCAACCACAUGCUGGCCAUGCUCUCCAGGAGAACAUUCUCGACGGAAACCUACCUGGGCUUCGGUCCGGGCCAUUUUCACAGAGGGCCAGUUCCCUUGCUCGCGCUCCGGGACGGAGCCCUCUACCCCAUGUAUCAGUGACUGUUCAGCGUGCAGCGGGCUCUGGCUCCAGCCAGGCACCCACGAGGCGUCACCAGAACUUCCUGCUGGAAAACAGCUCUCGCACCCCUAACUGCUUGCUUUUUUUACCUCUAAAAGCCACCUUUUUGGUUGCCCAGACUGGUUUCAAAUUCUAUAAACGGUAUAUUGUUUUAUGGCUCUUGCUUUAUUUCUGUCAUGUCUAAGUCAGAUAUUAGUGUGCUACAAAUGGUGAACACGCUUGACAGCGAACCCAAUAGGUGGGAGGUUUGAGCUCACCCAGAGGCAGCUCAGAAGGAAGGCCUGGCGAUCUCCUUCCAGACAUCCAGCCAUGGGUCAUCUGUGGACGGAGCACAGCUCCGCUCGAGCACAGGGUGCUGCCACAGGCAGCUGACUCGAUGGUCAUGUCGCUCGCUUUGUUGGUUUUACUUAAAACAAAGUGUCGGUUUUACAGUUUAAACACUAAAGGUACAGUUUAAAAAAAGGUUUUUUUGCACAAUUUCCACAUUGAUGUUUCUGAAAGAGAAUGCUGGCGUUCCAGAUAAAGGAUGCACUAGGCUCUGCGAUUUGUCGGGCUAUGUGAGCGCUCUUCUGUUUCGGAGGUUUGACCCACUAGUCUUUGUAAGAUCAAAGUUCUUAGAAAACCAAGUGUCUGGUUCCCUCAUCUGUAGAAUAUAUAUGUUCUCAGUACAAAUAAAUACUUGCAUGGACAACUA